UGAAGGAGAUCGCGCGGGAGGACGAGGCGGAGCGGGCCGAGGGCUCCGUGUCCCCGUGGAAGCUGUUCCGCCUGCGCCACUGGCGCUGGCAGCUCAUCUCCGUCAUCGUCCUCAUGGGCGGCCAGCAGCUGUCCGGAGUGAACGCGAUCUACUACUACGCAGACCAGAUCUACCUGAGCGCCGGCGUGGCCAGCAGCGACGUGCAGUACGUGACGGCCGGCACGGGCGCCGUCAACGUGGUCAUGACCAUCGUCACUGUGUUUGUCGUGGAGCUCUGGGGACGGCGGCUGUUGCUCCUGCUGGGCUUCUCCACCUGUUUCUCAGCCUGUGUGGUGCUGACGAUCGCGCUGGUGCUGCAGGUGCCAACCCCACCCGCAAGGAGAACAUCAAAGUGA